CUUCACCACCACAACCAAGGAAGGAUAUGAUAUGAGGCGAGUGGACAUAACUCCUUUAGAACAAAGGAAAUUAACUUUUGAUACCCAUGCACUGGUUCAGGAUUUGGAAACUCAUGGAUUUGACAAAGCACAAGCAGAAACAAUUGUUAUCAGCAUUAACCACUUUAUCAAAUGUCAGCCUGGAUAGUAUCUACAAGGAGAUGGUUACUCGAGCUCAACAGGAAAUAACAGUACAACAACUAAUGUCUGAUUUGGACUCCAUCAGGAAAGACAUGGUCAUCCUAGAAAAAAGUGAAUUUGCAAAUCUGAGAGCAGAGAAUCAGAAAAUGAAAACUGAAUUGGAACAAGUUAAGCAGCAACUGAUAAAUGAAACCAGUCAAAUCAGAGCAGAUAAUAAACUGGACAUCAACCUACAAAGAAGCAGAGUAACUGAUAUGUUUACAGAUCAAGAAAAGAAACUUAUGGAAGCAACCACAGAUUUUACCAGCAAGGAUACCAAAACCAGAAGUAUUAUUUCUGAGACCAGUAAUAAAAUUGACACUGGAAUUGCUUCUUUGAAAACACUGAUGGAGUCUAACAAGCUUGAGACAAUUUGUUACCUUGCAGCCUCAGUGUUUACUUGCCUGGCAAUAGCAUUGGGAUUUUACAGAAUCUGGAAAUAGUAGAGCUACCAUAUUAUGCUGCUGUGGAUUUAGAACACUACACCAGGAUGCAUUUAUUCUGAACAUGGAAGUUGUGGCAGAUACUCAAUACAAGGUUAUUCAGAGUACAUACGGACUAAAAAAUAUUUUAAAAUGGGAAGAUGUGCUUUGAGUUUGUGUUUUUUAUGUGUCUUUAUUUUAUUAUGUUGAAAAGCUGUCAUUCAAAACCUGAUUGAUUUGAGAUAGAGGCUUUUUGUCUUUAUCCUUUUCAUAGUUCAUAGAAACUGAUCCAGAGUUUUCUUGUGUUUGCUUGAACAAUGUAUUUCGUAAUGU